AUGGCUCCGAGCAAGCAAUGGACGCGGGUGCGCACGCUCGGCCACGGCGCGUCGGGCGCGGAGGUCUUCCUGGCGGCGGACGACGCGUCGGGCGAGCUGUUCGCGGUCAAGUCGGCGUGCGCGUCCGGCGCCGCGGCGCUGAGGCGGGAGCAGGCGGUGAUGGUCGGCCUCCGCUCACCGCGCGUCGUCUCUUGCAUCGGCGGCCGCGCCGGCCGCGACGGGUCGUACCAGCUCUUCCUCGAGUUCGCCCCUGGCGGCUCCUUGGCCGACGAGGUGGCGAAGGGCGGCGGCCUCAAUGAACCCACCGUCCGGGCAUACGCCGCGGACGUGGCAACAGGGCUCGCGUACCUCCACGGGGAGUCUAUUGUGCACGGCGACGUAAAGGCGAGGAACGUCGUGAUCGGCGCCGACGGCCGUGCCAAGCUCGCGGACUUCGGUUGCGCGAGGAAGACGUUCUCCAGCAGCCCGAUCAUCGGCGGCACGCCAGCGUUCAUGGCGCCGGAGGUGGCGCGCGGGGAGGAGCAGGGCCCGGCGGCCGACGUCUGGGCGCUCGGCUGCACGGUCCUCGAGAUGGCCACCGCCCGUGCGCCGUGGAGCGGCAUGGACGGCGACGCGAUCGCGGCGCUGCACCGGAUUGGUUACACGAAUGCCGUGCCCGAGGUGCCCCAGUGGCUGUCUGCUGAAGCCAAGGAUUUCUUGGCCGGGUGCCUGGUCAGGCAGGCCGGUGACAGGUGCACGGUUGCGCAGCUGCUGGAGCACCCGUUCCUGGCCUCCGCCACCAGCGUCGACACGAAGCUUGAAGAUGUGAAGACCAAGUGGGUGUCGCCAAAGAGCACGCUCGACGCGGCGUUCUGGCAGUCCGAGUCCGACACCGACGACGAGCUGGCAGCGUCGCAAAGCUCGGCGGAGAGGAUCAAGGCAUUGGCCUGCCCCACCUCGGCGCUCCCGGACUGGGAUGCCGACGACGGCUGGAUCGACGUGCUCUGUGUAGCAACAACCGAAGGGUCAGACUCCAACGCAGUUGCAGUGCCGGCCGAGGAGACGGCUGGCCUGGACGACGCAUUGGCAAAAAGCGAAGAAGCAACAGCAGAGUCCGCCGGAGUUCUCGACAUUUUCGUUGGCAGCACCUGUAGCAGCAAUGUAGGAGAAUCGUGUGAUGAUUCAGUCGUGCCCACUGUGCAUCAGCCUUUACAAAUUUCAUUUCGGCAUGAAUUGGUUCCAUGUAAACUAUUUUGCGACGGAAGCACUAAUGCAAUUGAUCAAGUUCUUGCACAAACGUCCCUCUUGGCACUGCUGCUCUGUUUCUCUGCUCAUAGUACUUCAUCUUCACUCCAUUGCGACACGUUCGAUUAG